CGUUUUGCUGUUGCGGGCGCAGACGGAUCACGACUCGCAGCCGCAUUCGUCCUUGAGAAGUUCCUUCCGCUUAUAGCACUACAGGAUACAGAGAAAGAAGGAUGAAAGAACGUCACCAAUCGCCCGUACCUGUGCAUACUUGAGUAGCGCUAACGACGGAGCUCCCAACACGAGGAAAAAUGCCUACUACUACUUCGCGUAGCGCGCCGACUGCUUUGCGGCUGCCCGCAUCUUUCGCAACGUCAACUUGGGACGCGCUUGACAACUCCAACAGCUGACGCGGGACGAGCGACUCUUUGUCGCUGAGAAGGCUGGGGCCGCCGCUCUAUGAGUGACCCCGGGAGCGCUAAUUUGGGCCAUGGUGCCAGCGAAUGCGUCGGAUCAGCCGCGCGAGAUGGCUUGCUCGUCGCCGCCUUUGACGCCGGCUGAGGACGGUCGUGGAUCCCCCGACGAGCAUGACACUCAGACGACGUUGCAGCCAGCACCGCAGGAUGGCAAGUCACUGGCUCAACUCUUUGAUGGCGGCACACUGGUGUCCCAGUCCUUCGCACAGUCACUUCUGCAGAGCAUCCUAUCCAGUGUAGAGAGCAGAGACCCUGUGGUGGCCAAUGCCUGGGCUGACACACUACUGGAUGUUCUUGAACUUCUACCAAGGGCCACAAUAUCCCAGCAGGUGUUGCCGGUGGCAGUACAGAAAGGGCAGCUGUCCCAGUCACCCCUGUCUCGUCUCGUCUCCUGCCGUCUGUUAGGUGCAGUGGCUGCGCUGUUGGAGCCAGCUGCCGUACAGAGGGAGCUCUUGCCACUGGCUGAAUCACUAUGCCAGGAUCCUGAUCCAGAUGUUCGGGCUGGCUUGUGUUGUCAGCUGGGCACUCUUACUCGGUCCGUCGGGCUGGGAUUGACAAAGCAAUACCUGCUGCCUUGCCUGGUAGAGCUGUCAGGUGAUGUUGAUGGCGCUGUUCGACGUGCUGCGCUGGAGGCUACUGUUACCAUGCUGGGCCUGUUGGAUGACGUGCCAUGCCGGGACAAUCUGGUGUCCCUGGUGCUCCGGUGGAGGCGCCGUUCUGCCAGCGAGCUGGCUUUCCUGGCUACACAAUUCGGACCGCUCUGCCACCUGCCAGCAGGAAUUCUGGAAAAAAGCGGCUGGCUUGUGGAGCUGUACCAAGAGCUGUCAACCGCCGGGCUGGGCGUCUUCACCAAAAGCAGCCUGGACAAAAUGCCCACUCCACAAGCCACUGGUGCCCGGUGUCGUCGGACUUGCGCCCAUUUCUUUCCUGAUAUGGUACAGUUCGUUACUGCAGAAUCAUUCGAGGCCAAGCUACUGCCUGUCUGGCGAGGAUUGUGCGCAGACCCGGACUUGUCCGUGCGCUCUGCCAUGGCCGGUGGGGUUGGUCAGGUGGUGAACACACUGAGAGACCACGGCGUCGUAGGCUGGCCACGGCUCUUGCUGUGUGAGAUUUGCAGCCUGCUCACAGAGGGUCUCCUGGCAGAAAGUCUGGCGGGCUUAGUGCAUGCCCUAUUGGCGUGUCGAGAAAUGUGUCGUCCUGCCUGUCAGGGCUGUGACGGAUGCUGCAUGGAAGAACAGCUUGCAGAGCUCGUCUCCACCGCGGAGACUUGCAUUGCACGAGUGGGCCUCAAGUGGCGCCGAGAGGCGGCUGUAUGGAGCGCCCUGGGUUGCCUAGCUGGCCCGCUGCUUCUGGAUCCCCUGGAGGAACGGAUCACGAAGCGCCUACUGCAGCGAACUCAGGCAUCCGGACCGCUACCGUGUCGACUAGCCGCCGUCCAGAGCCUAGUGGCUUUUCUGCGGUCUAGUGCCAGUGGUCGAGAGCGACUCCUCGCGGACAUCACUCGUGAUUUGGCGGAAGCACGAAGCAGUCGCAGUCGGCUCAUGUUUGUGCAGCUCUGCGCACACAUUCAGGACAGCGAACUACUAGAGCAGUGGCAGCUGGUGCAACAUCUGCAUCGUCUGGCCACUGAUGAUCCAGUAGAAAAUGUGCGGCGUCAGGCUCGUCGCUGCUUGGAGCAACUGGAACCAGGGUUGAAAGCAGUGCCGCAGUCAACGACCACGGAGGCACUCUCAGCCGGCACUAGCAGGCUCAAGACCAUGGCCCUCAGUGUACUCAAGGGUUCUUCACUGGAGCACCUACCUUCUUCAAAAGUGCCAGUUAGUUCACGACGUUGGCCACCGGGCCUAACAGAAAAACAAGGAAGCCGCACAUGGCCACGCCUGAACAAAGUGAGUGCAGCACAGUCUCCAGGAAGGCCAGCUGAAAAAAGUCCAUCACCUAGUCGCAUUCCAGUUUUGGAGUCUGCUUACAGGAACAAGAGACAGCCCACGGAACCUUUUGGCAAACAAGUUUCCGACUGAACCUGUAAACUUGCGCAACAAGUUUUCCAGUGUGAGCUUUUGCAGCCUGUUCCACACGGUUGCGUUACAUCGUGCUUGGACUGGCUAAAUGUGACCGAAGUAGGCGCAAUGGCAAAGACUUUUUGCCAGUACUUCUUCACCUGUCGUAUCUUUGAUCUUUAUAAGACACUUCAUGGACAUACUAUAGCUGCAGUAAGGUUGACAGAUGAUGAUGUUGACGCGAGAU